ACCGUAACGUACAGGUUAAUCUGUUGUUGCGUAAUCAUUCUUGAGUCCAAAGGGAAUUUAAAUAAAUGAUGCGUUAAACGUUGUAUUUUAUAGACCAGUAUUAUAUUCUCACGUGAAAGAACAUCAGCUGGUUUUGUAAAUUUCUUUAAUGCUGUGUGUCGACUGCAUGUAAUUACUUAUUAGCUUUAACAUAGCUUUGGUAAAUUUGAAAAAGAGAUUAUAAGUAGUUUAAAGGAGCAUGUUGUAACGUUAGUCUUGUAAUACUGGAUUAUUUCUUAUAGAUAAAUGUUUUUAAACUGUUCUCAAAAAAUGAUGUUACACAACGUGGUCCUUCAGUCCCUACAUAUGAUGUGCGAGUGGAAUCCUGUGGCGAAGGUUUACGACCCCCUCAAAGCGGGCAGCAUAGAUGGCACAGAUGUUGAACCCCAUGAUAAAGCAGUCUGGAGGGCCAUGCUGUCCCGCUACCGACCUAACAAGGGUGUAACUGGUGACCCUCACCUCACUCUGUUCGUGGCACGUCUGAAUCCCCAAACCAGCGAGGAAAAGCUCCAGGAAGUCUUCUCAAAGUUCGGAGACGUCCGCAGGGUACGGCUGGUCCGGGACAUUGUGACAGGUUUCUCCAAACGCUACGCUUUCGUAGAAUACAAGGAGGAACGUUCGGUGAAGAGAGCCUGGAGAGAUGCAAACAAACUGGUGGUUGAUCAGUACGAGCUCUUUGUGGACUUUGAGCUGGAGCGCACGUUGCAGGGAUGGAUCCCGCGGCGAUUCGGAGGGGGACAUGGUGGUCAGAAGGAGUCCGGUCAGCUGAGAUUCGGAGGCAGGGACAGACCCUUCCGGAAGCCCAUCAAUUUGACUUCUAUGAUGCCACAGAACAGAUCAGCGGAUCGGUGGGAAGGAGCCAGCGCGAGAGAUGCUGUCCAGGAACAGGACAGGGAACACGGACGGUGGCGGGAAAGGGAACGAGGGGAUGAUAGAGGCUACCACAAAGACAAAAGAGAUCACAAACGUCAGAGGGACAGAAGCAGAGAGAGAGAUUCCAACAGAAGGGAAGAUAGACGACGCAGAGACGCACACAGAGAUUAUGAAUAAAUACUUUUACAUCUUCACGUUCAAGACUUUGUUUGGUCUUGGUUCUGGGUUGAAUUCAGAUUAAAGGAUUUCUUUUCAACGUUUUCACAUGACUGUUAUGUUGUUGCUGAAUUUUCAUUGGACAAUUAAAUAUGUACUAAAGACCCAUUGUAUCAGUUCUCUGGUGAUCAUUCAAUCUCAAGGACUUGACAUGACAAUUCAUGAUAUAAAAUAUUUUAAUACACAA